AUGGCUUCACGGCAGGAAAUUGUGGACGGAAUCGAUGACCUCUUAGGCCUGAUCUGCGAGCUUCUCCUACUUCCGACGAUCAGGUCAUUUGUGCCCGCAUCCCAUGCUGCCGUAAAAGCACUCGAGGGUCCUCGACCUUCCGCCAAAAAGGACAACGUAUACGACACGCGGGCGAAGCUGCUGCUACUGUUCAGGGACACCAUAGCUGCGCUCCGGACCGUUCUGCAUUCCACCUCCGGCAACCCCAGCACUGUCUCCGGCCAACUCAGCCGGUCAUUCGCCGCUUUGCAGGAUCGCACAGCCCUCGAAUGCGUCCGAGAACUGGAAGGCCUUUACCCCGUGCGGCCCUUCGCGGCGGAGCGGUCUGCCCCGGGUCCGUCGGACGCAGAAAAGCUCGCUCAGUUAAGCAAGAAAGACGCCCUCUGGUACAUCUGCGACUGCCUCGUGGUGCUGCUUCCUCCAGGCUCGAUACCCGCUGUCUGCAUGACGGGCGAGCCGGUCAGACCUCAGCCGGACCCGCACACGGGUGCGUCCUUGGUGAAGACACGGCUCGUCGAUAGGCUGUCUGCACUGCUCAUUCGGACGGCUUCGCUGGGAGGCGUCAGCGGGCGCGCCGGGUACUCACGGAUAAAGACCGACGAUGGCUCUGCGAAAGCGGUAACUGAAAAAUCGAAUCCGACGGAAGAUCCGAUGGUCUCGAGCCAGGGAGAGUUAUGCCGCGCACAACCAGGCGAUACGCACAGUCCUCCUUCUCAUUCCCUCCGGAAACGCAGCGCGUCUGCUACCGACGGCACCGACAAUGUCACGGGCGCUAAAAGGAGGCGGAGAAUGGGGGAGAUGGAUGAUGUCAGCUGCAAUAUGCUGUUAGCGGUAAUUGAGCGCGGCAUGGGCCUAGACGGAUGCAUUGGCAAUGCAAUGUUAGCUUGA